AUGUCCUUUUUAAAUACAAUAAGAGGCUUUGGUCGUUCGUCCAAGAAGACCAAGAAGGACUAUGAAGCUCCAGGAAUACUUGCUCCUCAUGGUAACGGGAAUGUGUCGCCAAUGAGGAGAUCACAGCUGCCUUCGAAAAUGUCCCCAUCAAAGCGUGGGUCCCAGAUCCAGUUUGCUCCCUCUUCGCCUACUAGGAUCUCCAGGAUGGCCAGGUCUCGCCUGCCACAAAGACAAUCAUACAAUGUGUCUGAGAGCGACGAGCUUCCCCUUUUUAUGUGUGAACCUUUUGUCAAAACAGCAUUGGUGAAAGGUUCUUUUAAAACUAUCGUACAACUACCUAAGUAUGUUGACUACGGCGAGUGGCUCUCACUCAACAUCUUUGAACUUUUCAACCAUUUAAAUCAGUUUUACGGCAUCAUAUCAGAUUAUAUAACGCCUGAGCUGAAUCCUACAAUGAACGCUGGGCCUAACACUAACUAUAUGUGGAUAGAUACAGCAGGCCAACCGGUCAACUUACCUGCGGAUCAAUAUAUCGAAUAUGUGUUGACUUGGAUAUCAAAUAAGAUUAACGACCAGUCGGUUUUCCCUACAAAAGACGGUGGUGCAUUCCCUCCAAACUUCAUCAAAGAUUGCAAAAACAUUGUGAGACAAAUGUUCAGAAUCUUUGCCCACAUAUAUCACAAUCAUUUUGAUAAGCUUGUUCAUCUAUCAUUAGAAGCGCAUUGGAAUUCGUUUUUUGCACAUUUCAUAAGUUUUGGAAAAGAGUUUAACUUGAUCGAUAAAAAAGAGCUCGCGCCCUUGUUACCGUUGAUCGAGAAUUUUGAGAAGCAAGGAAAGAUAAUAUAA